CAGGGACUGAUGCCCUUGGCCAUGACGCAGCCCCAACCACUGUCUGCUCAGGCUCAGCCUGUUUGACGGAGUCAUCGCUGCCCCAGGUGUUUCAGGUCACCGUUCCCUGACUGAACAGUUGGAUGGGGCGUCGGGCGGAUGACAGCGGGAACAGUUGUGAUCACUGGCGGAAUCCUAGCUGCGGUCAUCCUCCUCUCCAUCAUCGCAGUCCUUUGCUACUGUCGGCUCCAGUAUUACUGCUGCAAGAAGAGCGGAGAGGAGGAUGCAGAGGAGGAGGAGGAGGAGCACGACCUGCCCACCCCCUCCAGAGGCCCCCCCUGCAAUGCCUGCAGCGCCCAAGCCCUGGACGGCAGAGGCAGCCUGGCACCCAUCACCAGUGAGCCUUGCGGCCAGCCAUGUGGGGUGGCAGUCGGCCACUGCGCCACCUGCUCCCCAUACAGCUCCCCCUUUUACAUACGGACAGCCGACAUGGUGCCCAAUGGGGGCGGAAGCGAGAGGUUCUCCUUCGCGCCCACAUACUACAAGGAGGGGGGCCUCCCGUCCCUCCAGCUGGCAGCACCCCAGGGUUACCCGGUGACGUGGCCAGGCUCUGCCCGCGAGGCUUUCACUAAUCCAAGGGCUAUUAGUACAGACGUGUAACCCCUCUCACCCCGAACCCCCACACACACCCACACGCCGCUCCGUCAGGGGCACUGGGCCCGCGGCUG